CCCGCCCCUGUGGGCGUGGCUCACCCGGGCCCGCCCUCUGACGUCACAUCCGGGGCAGCUCGCACUUCCUGUCGGGUCCCUUCCGAACGCUUUGGGUGCGCAGCGGCUCCGUUCCCGCGGCAGGAUGUCAGCCAGUGUCCCUGGAAACACAAAUGUGCCUGCUGGCAGUAACCGUCGACUUCAGCAAACUCAGCAUCAAGUAGAUGAGGUUGUUGACAUCAUGAGAGUGAAUGUGGACAAGGUGCUGGAAAGAGAUCAGAAGCUGUCAGAGUUGGAUGACCGUGCUGAUGCGCUGCAAGCGGGAGCUUCCCAGUUUGAGACCAGUGCAGCCAAGCUGAAAAGAAAGUAUUGGUGGAAGAACUGUAAGAUGUGGGCAAUAUUGAUAGCUGUUGUUGUCAUUAUCAUCAUCAUCAUUAUUGUCCUGAGUGUGCCCAAAUGAGUUACGGGAGGAAACCCUCACACCGAAGGUGCCUUUCCUCAGCCUUCCCGCUCCAAGCCCGCUGUACUCUCAGCCCACCUACUGCUGUUUAAAGCGAAACUCUUCUGAUGAUUGAAACGUUAACUUUACCUGGUUGCCUUAAGACACUCCUGUCAGUUACUAACAGCCGCCCUACGGCGCCUCGGUGAGGAGGAUCGGAUCCUGGGCGCCGCGUUCGUCCUCAGUCCUCCUCACCCGCCCGCCGCGCCGCGCCGCGGUGCCAUCGCGGGGGUCGGCCGCACCCCCGCCCCGUUGAAGUGCCUCAGCCGAGCCGCCCCGGCCCUCGCCGCCCUCAGCGGCCGUUCCCGGCUCCGCCCGUCUCGGGGCGGGCCGCGCGGCGCUGCACGUGGCGCUGUGUUUGGCGCGCG